UUUUCAUUUGUUUUAUCCAGCAUGUUUAGUUCGGUCUAACCAAAAAUGUCAUGCAACCAAACAAUCAAAAUUCUAGUUUACUUUAUCGCACCGCAUUCGCAUUAAAAAAACUUGGCCAAUCAAAUAAAUGGAUUUAUUUAAAUAAAAAUGAAACCACUCGCUUGGAUCGUGAACAAGAAAAAUAUACUCCUGUCAAAAUAUGCAAAGGAUGCCUUGGAAAUCGCUCGGAAACAUUUCAGCACUAGCAACACUUUCAGCAAAAAGUCAACAGCAAAUCCAGUCCCUGCUCCCAGAGUCAUAAUUCCCGGCAACUGCAUGACAUCGAAAGCCCCGAUAUCCACACCCCAGUGCAAAGUAGCCGUGGUCAUAGGUGGCUCUAACAGCGGCUACGGAUACUUCGCUGCCGAGCAGCUGCUUCGUCACGGAGCCAAACGAGUCAUCCUGGCGGACGGCGUAAACGAGUCGGUAGGCGAGUCCGCCUGCGAGAGGCUUUGCAAGGCUUACGGUAAGGAUCGAGCCAAGUUCUACCCCUGCGACGCGAGGAAUUCCUGCCAGAUCGAAGGCAUCUUCACCUCGUCGUACUGCAGAGACGAGAAGAUCGGCAUUCUCUUUAACGAUCUCGACGCGGUCCAGAGCCUUCCCGAGCACUCUCGGCUGAACUACUGCAAGGAUUCGAUAAAAAUCAGCAAUACGCAGAGGCUGACGCGUCUGGGAGUGGAGCUGAUGCAGCAGCAGCGUCGCCAUGGAAUAAUCGUCAAUUGCGCCUCGAUCCUCGGUUUGAUGGGCUGGCCUUUGGCCGACGACGCGGUCCCGGUCUACUGCGCCGGUGAGCCCGUUCUCGAAACGACUCUUCGAAUGGCGAGAAGCUUUCCCGUGGAGGAGACGAGCGUGAGGCUGGUCUGCCUGUGUCCGGCUAAUCGAGCCCUCGAUUCUAUCGGAUUACCGGACCUGCCAACGGAAAACGAGUCUUGCGAAGGAAGGACCUCCUGCGCCCCUGAUCCGAGCAAAGACAAGAGUCGAAUUGGCCGGGCACUGGUACACGUGAUGGCUCGAGCGGAAACCGGAAGCUUCUGGAUCUUGGAACCCCCCUACACACUGCGAGAGGCGCCGAGGCUGGUUCGUUUUGCACCGAGUGACCGGCUGCAGGAGGAGGACUGUCCGACAUCGAUUAAAGCCCCGUCAAGUCGUCAGCCGUCCGAGAACUGUUCCGUCGACUGCAAGUCGACGAAGCUCCAGAAGUGCAGCUGAUGCUCGUCUCUCCAUCUCGUUUAAAAGUAAUUAGCCUCGGAAAAUUACAAGAGGGACUAUUUAUUUUUAACGAAUCAAAAGCAAAGCCUAAAGCCUGAGCGAAAUGAAAAAUCACCGGAGGCGGCGGGGGAUAACGUCCGGGAUCAUCGCCGAGAUAAAGAAAAGAAGAAGAAGAAGCGAGAAGAGUAGAGCCGGCGAAAUGAAAGAAAGUGAAGAGGGUUGGAAAAGCAUCGGCUCCCUCUUUACGCACCAGAUGCUCUUUCCGUUAGACGUAUAAGGUGUAUUUGUUUAAAAUAAAUUCGUUACAGCUCCAACUACGA